GCUCGUCGCGUGGAGCCGGCGCGUGGUGCGGGGCCAUGGCGUCGCUCCGGUGUCGCACCGUGGUCUGCGUGAUCUGCUUGGAGAAGCCCAAAUACCGCUGCCCGGCCUGCCGCGUGCCCUACUGCUCGGUGACCUGCUUCCGGAAGCACAAAGAGCAGUGCAACCCUGAAAAUCGUCCCAUUGAGAAAAGAUCAGCAGUGCCUGUAAAACUCACAAAGCCUGAGGACAACAAAGAUGAUGACUCUAUAGCCGAUUUUCUCAAUAGUGAUGAGGAAGAAGACAGAGUUUCUUUGCAGAGCUUGAAGAAUCUAGGGGAAUCUGCAACGUUAAGAAGCUUAUUGAUGAAUCCGCACCUUAGACAGUUGAUGGUCAGCCUUGAUCAGGGGGACAACAAAGCAAAGCUGAUGAGAACCUAUAUGCAAGAGCCUUUGUUUGUGGAGUUUGCUGACUGCUGUUUAAGCAUUGUGGAGCCGUCCCACGAGGAUUCAUAAAAUGAAGUCCUGUAUUCCUGGCCCAGGAAUAUGCUUCACGUCCAGUACUUGUUGGGUCCUUCUCCCUGGAGGCUGGGUAGUGUUUACCUAGACAGUCUGGCUGCUGGGUUCCUUAGGCCUUUGGCCUGCAUCCACACCUCCGCAAGGUGCAUGCUUCAGAUCCAUAAAAGCUCAAGGUGCCGAGACUCUAUGAAGAAGGUACUUGAUAGUCAAAUAAGGUUGGUUUUACAUUUUAUUUUUUGUACAGUUUGGAUACAUAUAAAUAUCAAGUUUUUAUCCCUUUCAGUUAAAACUGGAUCAGUGUUAUUAAACUAAAUGAAGAUGUGGUUCUCUUGUAUACUGCAUUGUCCUUGGUUCCUAAUCUAAUAUUUUAAAAUCACUUUAAAUAAAUCAAGAACUUAUUAAAUA